GAAUGUUGCAAAAUAAUUUAGGUUUCGUUUUCGUUUUUACUUCACUCUGAAGAAUUAUUCGUACUAGCAAGUCCUUCACUGCUUACUGGAAGAGUUUUCAUCAUGGCCCAGAGCUCUCGUUUCACCGAGGCUGAUUACUAUCAGGAGCAUUUUGACUCGAGAGCCUACGUGAAUAGUUUUUAUGGUCGCCCAGAAGGUCACGACGACGAGAAGAAUUAUCUUACGUGCAUUUUGGGUUGCCUGAGCAAAACUUUUUUAUCUGGUCGGUACAGAGGUCGCAGGCUGAUUGAAGUGGGAAGCGGACCGACGCUGCACACCGUAAUCAGCGCGUGCGAGUACUUCGAAGAGAUCGUGCUGUCUGAUUAUACAGACAGGAAUCGGGAAGAAGUCGAGAAAUGGCUAAGGAACGAGGAUGGAUGCUUCGACUGGAAGCCAAUCUUUGAAUAUUUCUGUGCAAAGGAUGGAAGCAGCUCAUCUGAUUUGGAAGUGAAACUGAGACAGAGAGUGAAACAAGUGCUAAAAUGUAACGUCCUCGCAGAAAACCCUUUCCACCCAGAGUGUGUUGAACCAGCAGAUUGCGUAAUAACAUCCCUGUGUCUCGAGGCGGCGUGUAAAGACCAUCAGUCGUACAGAGAUGCAGUCGGUAGAGUGGCAAAUCUGCUUCGUCCAGGUGGCGCUCUGGUGAUGAUUGGGGUUUUAGGAGAAACCUUCUACUCUGUUAAUAAAACCCGCUUCUCCUGCCUCUCUCUGAGCAAAGCGAAUAUUGAAGAUGUUCUCCGAAACUUAGAUGUCACUGUGCAGGAAUUUAACAUAUUUCCAGCAGAAGAUCGUGAAAACAACAAAGUUUCCGACUUUGAAGCUUUUUUCUUUCUGGUAGCUCUGAAGUCUACAAAGGCGAUAUAGGCAUGUGAUCAUAGGCUUGCAGGUUAUAAAUCAUACUGCAUUGCUUAACACAAAUAAUGUCAACUCAGAUACUAUGGAAAUAUACAUUUAAUUAUAAUUAUAUAAAAUUUAACCCUUAAUCUUUUAGCUUUAAGUAGUGAAAUGAUAGAUUUUAAGUAAGCUUAAAUGAUGGUACUUGACCAGCAUAUAAUUAACAUAUAUAAGUAUGUAAAUAGCUCAGUUAUUAGCUCAUUAUUUCUAUAAAAAUGUUUCUUUUUUUUUAACUUAAGCAAAUCCUGUGUUUACUGCACUGAAAUUAAUGAUGUGUAAUGAUGCUAAGGUGUGCUGAACUGUACAUUCAGGUAAAAAUUUGGAUAAGAAAAAAAAUAAUUAUCCACUCAAUAGUUACAAGUACAGAAUAACUAAUCUACAUAUUAUUAACAAUGUUUAAUAAGAUAAUUGAUUAAUUGUAAACAGCAAUUUACACUAACCAUUAGUCACCGGAUCCGGGGCCUAUGUCAAUAUCCGCACAUUCAUUCCUUCACACUGGAAAAGUUCUGGAGUUCUGGCUGGGAUUCACAUUUAUAGUUAGUUAGCUGAAUAUGUGUAGAGCAAAACUGAUGGAGAUAUUAUGGCUUUUAUUAAACACUAAUCAAGCAUUGAACUACCGUGUGAUGUGAUGGCAGCUCUAGUCAAAGGCAAUUCCUGCUUCUCAGCUCCACAAUAUAUAUAAAAUAUUUCAUAACAUACCUAGUCUGUAGUCAUUUAAUAUGCUGUAAUUUGUAACCAUGAAAUGUACCAUGUUGUUCAAGCUGAUCAACUAGAAAUAAGACAAAAAUGUUUAUAAGAUCUAUUGCAUGUUGUAUUUUUUUGUUUUUGCAUGUUUUUAUUUUUCUGCUUUCAGUUUUUAUCAAAAAUGAAUGAAAGUUAAAGCUGAAUUUUUGGUAAAAUGUGAUUAAUAUGAUGUAAAAACACGAUCAGUCACAUUGUUUUUAUAACAUUUACAUAAUGCAAUAUCUAACAUUUAAUAAUGCACACUUGUAAUAAUUAAUAAAAAUAAAUAAAUAAAACAAAAA